AUGUUGUGGCCAUCAAAUUUGGUAUUUGCCAGUCUAUUCACAACAUUACAUGGAAACGCCAAGGACACAAGAGACAAAUUAAGAUUCUUUUAUAUAGCUUUCACCCUAGUAUUCAUUUGGCAAUUUCUUCCACAGUACAUGUUCACAUUGCUUACCAGUAUAUCUGUGUUGUGCUUAAUCGUACCGAUGAAUGAAAAUAUAGUCAGAUUUGGUAGUGGGUAUCGAGGAUUAGGCUUUUUGACUUUUUCGUUAGAUUGGAAUUCUAUUGGACAAUCGGGUCCUUUAUACACUCCCUGGUGGGCACAGAUUAAUUAUUUUGCUGGUGUAUUAUUAAGUGCGUGGGUCAUUACUCCAUUAUUGUGGUAUUAUAAUGUAUUGGAUGCACGAAGAUUUCCAUUAUUGGCAACAUACUCUUUAAAUAAAAAUGGGGAAAGAUAUAAUCAAACAGCAAUAUUAAAUCAAGAAGAUAAUUCUUUAAAUGAAGAGGCUUAUAACUCUUAUGGACCUGUGUUUUUGAGUCUCACAUUUGCCUUUGGAUAUCUCUAUUCUUUUAUAGGUUUCUCAUCAGCUAUUAGUCAUGUUAUGUUAUUUUAUGGAAAUGAGAUUUGGAGUAGGUUCAGGGCUAGUAGGCAUGAGGGUGAUGAUAUUCAUUAUAGAAUGUUGAAGAGGUAUGAAGAUAUACCAAAUUUAUGGUAUGCUUCUAUAUUUGUAACGAUGUUGUCAAUUGCAAUCACGCUUUGUUACGUGUCUGGAUCAGAUUUGCCGUGGUGGGGACUGUUAUUAGCUGUAGCCCUUGCUUGUGUUAUAGUACUACCAAUAGGAGUAAUUCAGGCAAUAUCAAAUAAUCAAGUUGGUCUUAAUGUUAUAUCUGAAAUGAUUUGCGGGUACAUAUUUCCGGGAAGACCAAUUGCCAAUGUAUAUUUCAAGUCAUAUAGUUAUAUGGCCAUGCAUCAAUCUUUAUCAUUUGUUUCAGAUUUAAAACUGGCAUUGUUCGUAGCACAAAUUUGGGGGACUUUGGUAGGAGUAUUUAUAAAUUAUUGGACACUACAGCUUAUUUUGGAUGCAAAACGUAUGUUUUUGGAUGGCACUUCUCGUGAUCCGACUGGUCAAUGGACCGGUUAUCGAUCUCAAGUUUUUAAUACUGCUUCGAUUGUGUGGGGGUUAGUUGGACCUGCUAGAACUUUUGGAAAUGACUCAAUGUAUCAUUUUCUGUUAUGGGGUUUCCCAAUAGGAUUUCUAUUACCAUUUCCAAUCUACUUUCUACAUAAAAAAUUUCCAAAUGCAAAAUUUCAUCUAAUCACUUUACCUUUGAUUUCUCAUGGUAUGAGUGCAAUACCUGGUACAUAUACCAAUUUCAUAACUAUGGGGCUUAUAGCUAGUUUCUUGAGUCAAUUUUGGGCUUAUAGGUAUCAUCAUAAGUGGUGGGCAAAAUAUAAUUACGUAUUAUCAGCUUCAUUGGAUAGUGGAUCACAAAUUGUUACAAUGGUGAUUUUCUUUUUAUUAAGUGGUGUGCUUAAUGUAAGUAUCCAGUCAGUCGCCAAUAUCAUUAGUCCAACUUGGAUCACAUCAUGCUAA